GGCGGCCGCUCCGCUCCGCUCCGCUCCCGGCGCUCGCCCCUCCUCUCCGCCGCGCCGCGGCUCGGGUGAAGCUGAGAUCAUAGAGGGGUACUACAUCUGCUCCCUGACUGGUGACGAGAAGGACUCAGAAACCGCAAGUGCCCACACCAUUGCAGGUGUUCAAGAUGUCAUUAAAGGUGCAGACAAGUAACAUCACAAACAAGAACGACCCCAAGUCCAUCAACUCCAGAGUCUUCAUUGGCAACCUCAACACAGCAGUGGUCAAGAAGUCGGAUGUGGAGACCAUUUUCUCCAAGUAUGGCCGAGUGGUGGGCUGCUCCGUUCACAAGGGCUAUGCCUUCGUACAGUACUCCAACGAGAGGCACGCACGUGCUGCUGUCCUUGGCGAGAAUGGACGUGUGCUUGCUGGCCAGACCCUGGAUAUCAACAUGGCCGGGGAACCUAAACCUAACAGACCUAAAGGGCUGAAGAGAGCAGCCUCUGCGUUGUACAGAUUAAAAAAAAAAAAAAUCACCCUUUCAGUGCACGGUUACGACUUUGACUACGACUAUUACAGAGACGACUUCUACGACAGGCUCUUCGAGUACCGGGGCCGAGUGUCGCCGGUGCCCCGGGUGGUGCCCGUGAAGCGGCCCAGGGUCACCAUCCCCAUCGUGCGGCGCGUGAAGGCGACGCUCCCCGUCAAGCUCUUCGCCAGGUCGGCCGCCAUUGCCAACAGCUCGGCCAAGCUGAAGUUGAAAUGCAGUGAGCUGCAAACAAUCAAAACCGAACUGACACAGAUCAAAUCCAACAUCGAUGCUCUUCUGGGCAGAUUGGAGCAGAUUGCUGAAGAACAGAAACUGUCUACAGAGGUGCGGAAGAAGGCUGAUGGAAGCAAAAGUGAGAUCUCCCAGGAAGACACAGCAUCAGAAGCAGAGAUCAACACAGAGGAGCCACUGAAUGGGGAUGAGGGUGAGGAAGAGGGUCUCACACGGGAUGAGUGUGAAGAUGAACUGCUGAAGCCCAUGACCUCUGCUGAAUCUAAAGAGCUGAUUAAGAAGACAUCGUAA